AUGGCGAACACAGGCUAUACCUCGCCGUUUCCAACCUCACAUGACACCAUCGGACAAUCAACAUUGGUGACGCCUCUCUUUAUGCCAUCUUCUCCUCCACAACACCCUUCCAGCCCAUUGGGGUCUCCGUCAACCGCCCAGACUCCUGCAACUGCUCGGACUCCUGCAACCGAGCGCGUCGCAGCGCAACGUAGCAACCAACACCACGAGCACGCUGCUGAUGAUGAAUACCAUUCCGAAAAUGAAAUACAACAUGUUUCUCGACCUCCUUCUCCUGGAAGCCCAACAGGUUCAGAUCUCGAUGCGCGUCUUGCCGAUUACACCUUGGAUUUCAGUAAUUUCCCGAGCGGAAAUUUUGCAUUGGAUGGGCACGAAGAAACUCUGCCCCCUUUCCAUCAAGACGUAGACAAGUUAUCCGAUGUCGGGGGGCCGGAUGAUUUUACUGUGAAUAUGGAAAAAUACCUGAUGGGCGAUCUGGAAGAUGGUGAAAACCACGAGGAUGAAGCUGAAGCAGACUAUGGAUCAGUACGACGAUCUUUCCGGAAGUCAAAACAACCCGCGAUCGAAGAAGAAGCCGACUCUGGCGAAUACAGUGAAUUCGGACCGCCAGUGGAUAUGUCUACCCCCUCACACCUUUUGCACCGGACUAGUGCUCUCCGCAAGGAUUCAACUCACCUGGAGGGUAUCGAAGAAUACCCCGAUGACGACGAGGCCCAAGAUCCCGCAUCUCCUUCCGUCCGGAAAUUGUCGGACGCCUCCAGUCAUGCACCAGAGGAACAAAAUGAGGAUCUUCACCAGCAGAUUGCACAACUGCAGCAAUCCUUGAAGGAACGCGAUGACCAAUUACAGAAAAACCGCAAUCGUGUGCUCGAGGCUGUUUCCGCUGGUGAACAGAUCCGUCAUCUCCAAACAGAAUUGCAGCGGAAAAAUGCUCUCCUGGAUGAAGUACAUGCCAAAGACAGCGAUGAGGCAAUGCUGCGCGAGCAAGUCCAGUCACUACAAAAGAAAAACGAAGAGUAUGAGAAAUUAUUACAGCAGUCGAGCAUGAAUACAACGGAUCUCAAUCCUCUUCUGAAUCAGAUUCGUGAGAUGCAACAACAGCUCCAAGACAGAGAUUCGCAGACCUCCUUGGACAAGGAGCGAUUGGAGACAAUUGCUCACCUACGCCAGCAACUCAAUCAUUCCCAAGAGCAGGUGCGAAAGCGCGAUGAAACUUUGGAUGAGACAUUGACCAAGCUUAAGGAAGUCACACGGGUCAAGGAUGCACAGAUACAGGAGAGGAACUCAGAGAUUGAUCAACUGCAAGGACAGAUCGACGACUAUGGGCUGGAGAAUGAGAAACUCGAGGCGGAAUUAGAGCGUGCGCACAAUGACUAUCAGGUCCUCGAAGAACGCUUUAUCGACCUAGAGGCUAGGAAUCGUCCUCUGGAGGAGAAGAACACUACACUGGAAGCAAAUCUCACCCGUGUUCAAUCCCACAUGGAAGCCCAGGAGAGUGCUCUCAAGGCUGCCGCUGCAGAUCUGCCUAUUAGUGGCCAUAGUACCUACAGCGAAAUACUCGAUCUGAUCAAGGAUUUGGGCCCAGGGAAUCCCGCAUCUCCACUCCACUCGCCUUUGAAGGAAAAGUUUGUGGACGUCCAAGGUGUGCAGCAACUGCAACAACCAGACACGCCAAGCAUUGCAAGCCUCCAACAAGAACUCCAGGAGUUAUCCGCCGCACAGAAAGCUGCAGAUACCGAAGCAGCACGUCUGCGUGAUCAAGCAACUGAAGCUCAGACGCUCAUCAAAACCAUCGAAACAGAGAACUCGCGACUCUCAACCCGGGUUGCCGAGCUCACAACCGCCUUGAGCAAGUCUCAGAACGACCUAAUUCAAUCGCAAGAAGAACACGCCGAGUCCCUUGAGACCAUUGCCCGCUUGCGAGAAGACAAGAUCGCCGAACCUCCCAGUCCACCCCCCUCACCCCCAACAGCGCGUGGAGCUCAUGACUCAGAGCCAAGAGGACCGGAUACAGCAGCCCUGGAGGCGAACCAUCAAAGCCAGCUCCGCAGCCUGAACACGGCACACUCAACAGCAGUCUCAACGCUCCGCGCCUCGCACGCCGAGUCAAUGCGCAAAAUCCGCAACCUCCUCUCAGCCGCCGAGCAACGCGAAGCUGAUCUACGCUCGGACCUUGAAAACCUCCGCGCCUCAUCCACUACCUCAGCAACCCACCUACGCAAGAGUUUCAAAUCAGAACUCAGACGCCUGGAAGCCGUGAUCGCCGCAAAGGACGACGUGAUCGCUGCAAAGGACGAAACCGCCGCUGCGAUUGACCAGCGUAUUGCCUUGUCUGUGGACAAGCGCGAGCGAGAAUGGGAGCGGCGCAUCGACUUGCUUCUUAAGGAGCGUGAUCGCAUGGCCAAGGCUUUGAUGAUGAGCUGGGGCGAGAAAGAGUUGGGUCGGGGGCCCGGACCUCUGGCUGAGGGCAAGGAGAACCGUCGUCGUGAUCGAGACCGUGACGUGGAUGCUAAAAGUGGGCAAGCUUAUCGCUACAAGUAUGCCCAGAAGCCGAAAUCUAGAAGCACGGAGGCUAGGGCUUAG